AUGGUCGGUCCACCCGUCAGCACCCGCGAUCGCCUUCGUCACCAGCACGUCCCGCUGAUCUCGCCUCCGGACGAGGACAUAGUCCAGCAGGUGCCACUGACGCGACCGAGGAUGCCUCCAGGUGGCCUUCUCUCUCUCCGGCAGAGAGAAGAACGUGUUCGUCAGGAUGAGGCGGUGUUCUGCGCAGGUGCGGAGAAGCCGCAGACCAUUGUCGUUGGAGCCGCGGAGACCGUGAGGACCCAGCACACCUCUCCAGGCAGUAUGGUCUGUGCCGACGCGGGCGUUGAAGUCACCAAGGACAAUCAACUUGUCCGCCUUCGACACAGUCGACAAGAGGGCGUGCAGGUCCUCGUAGAAUUUCUCUCUCGCGGAAUCAGGGCUGGUUAUCGGUUGAGCGUAGGCGCUGAUGAUGGUGGCGAACUUGCCUCCUCGCCGGAGAGGCAGGCGGAGACUCAUCAGGCGGUCGUUGAUUCCCUGCGGCAAACAGGGCAGUCCUCCCACGAUGUCGGUCCGGAUGGCGAAGGCGACACCCGCGUCUCGUCGCUCUGCCCUGGGUCGACCACUCCAGAAGAAGGUGUAACCGGCACCCACCUCCUCCAGUUGGCCUUGUUCGGAGAAUCGGGUCUCGCUGAGUGCGGCGAUGUCCACCUUGUAGUGCGCCAGUUCUCGUGCCACUAG